AUGCAUGUGUUGUUAGACAAGCCGGAAGUGCAACGCCGCAAUACAGCAAACGGUUCAACGUCUAAAAAUUGUGUUAUCGUCACUGAGGGACCGUCGGUCCAACCGGAUGUAGUGACUAACCUAUCUAAGAAGCAACUUACUGUCUCACAAAUAAGAGUUCUAUCUAAGGGAUUGAAAUUUGUUCCAACAAGAAGAGUCGUUGACAAAGGCAAGUUGUUGACGGACCUCACUGCAUGGGAACGUCGCAUGCGUCUCAGAGAAUAUUUCUACUCUGAAGAGAGGGACGGACAUCCUAAUCAAGAGAAACCGUACAGGAAGAAGACGCCGUCAACAUGGACUCAAAAAGCAGGCCGCGAUAAAUGGUUGGAUGCGUAUAUCAAGGCUGUAAAGGAUGACAUCAUCAAGGGUCUAAAAAGAAGGUUUAUGCUCAAUAUGAGUAAAUCUGAAGAAUACGCUCUAAAAGAACUUCUUAACGACGAUGAAAUUGUCAUUCGGCCUGCUGAUAAAGGUUCUGGUAUAGUCGUAAUGGAUAGCACAGAUUACAUACAAAAAUUAAAAGGUGAAAUUUCCGAUAGCGACACAUAUGCGGAAGUUACCGACGACAAAACAAAAUCAGUGCAAAACAAGGUAAAAAAGGUGGUAGACAACCAGUACAAAAGAGGUUCCAUAGACAGUGAUCUCCGACAAUACAUGACAAGGAACGAUGGCACUUCCGGUAAGCUUCAAGGGAACCCGAAGUUACAUAAACCAGGAAUGCCGUUACGCACCAUUGUGAAUGGUAGAAGCCACCCGACAGAGAAAAUGGUGGAAAUUGUUGAUGACCAGUUGCGAAGCCAUGUGACGUCACUUCCGUCGUUUGUAAGAGACACUAUGGACUUCUUAAACAAAAUACAAAAAUUAAAACAACCUAUUCCGGAAGGUACGCUAAUAUUCUGUUUAGAUGUGAAGGCCCUGUAUCCAAGUGUCCCGAGAGAUGAGGCCCGUGCUGCUGCUAUAGACGCUUUAAACAGGCGAACGGACCCGGAAAUACCUACAGAGGACGUCAUCGUGAUGAUGGACACUGUGUUGGAGAACAACACCUUCUCAUUCAACGACGAACACUUUAUACAGACAGAAGGGACGGCUAUUGGUUCACGCCUCGGGCUGAACUAUGCAUCAACCUACAUGGGUGCUUGGGAACAGGAACUGUUCCGGCGGUCAGAAAAGCAACCACUCGCAUACUUCCGGUUUGUGGAUGAUGUGUGGGGCUUAUGGACGCAUGGUAUCGAGGCACUUAAAACUUUCCACACACAAGGAAAUGGAAUCAACCCUCGCAUUAAACUCGAGCUCCGCUAUUCUUCAGAAAAACUAGAGUUCCUGGACACGGUGACAACAAUACGGAACGGGCGCCUUCAAACCGACCUAUAUACUAAGCCUACCGAUAAACACCUGUACCUACACAGGGAUUCUUCGCACCAGGAAUCUACAAAAAAAGCAAUACCAUAUGGUCUGGGGGUGCGUGCGAAAAGAAUCUGUUCAGAAGAGGUUGCCUACCGGAAGCACAGACAGGCGGUGAAAACACAGCUCGUGAACCGUGGAUAUGUCGGGGCGUUUGUGGAGACCGAAUUAAUAAAGGUCGACAAUAAAAAGAGAGAGGACCUUUUACGCGAAAAGAAAAACUCGGAGCAUAAUACAAGGAUUCCGCUGGUGAUAACGUUUUCGCGCGCACUACCCAACAUCGGCCGUAUCAUCCGUAGACACCUACACACGCUGUACACGUCUGAUAGAAUGAAGUAA